CGUCGCUCGCGUCGCGAUGGCUGCCGUCAGUGUUCCCGAGACUCGCUCGCUGUUCUAUUGUGGCGCCGCUGUUAUUCAUCGUUAAAGCAUAUUUUCUUUUCUCUCUCUCUGUCGCGAAAAAUAAUAAGUACACAUAUAUUGUCGCCCACAAUAAUCCGUCUGUUCUCCGUCCUUAGAAGUUACCACAAUCACGGGAAUCAAAUUUUCAACGAGUGUUGAAUAAAAAUCGCGUACAACCAAUUUUUCCGCCCAUUGUAUGACCGGAGGAAGAGAAAAAUCCACGAUUCGUAUCUGUGUGUGUGUGUGUGUGUGAGGUGUGUUUGUAUAUUCUCUCUCGUCGCAGUGGCUGUGCGUGUAUAUUGCUCUCCGACUUUGCGUAGUGUUUGUGAUCGUCCUUCUCACUUUGCCCGACGUCAACCGUCUCUUUCCCACUGUCUCGCCACUACAAGUGCAGUCUGUCCGAAUUUUCUAUUCGAAGCCCUCGUUUACAAGCAAAAGUUUGCAAGUGAGUGUGGUUUCUUUUUUUUCUUCUUCUUCUUCUUCUUCGUUUUGCCUCCAUUGUGCAGUGCUCCAGGUUGUGUCCACAGGUGUUUGCAUACGAAAUUCUCAUUUCGGGAGUUUCAAUCAGUGGGGUGUGUAUCGCAGCCGUCCGAGAAGAGUCUCUCUCUCUCUGUCUUUCCCAAUGUGCCAAGAAGAAGUCCAAGUGUGAGAAAAUAAAAAAAAUAAAGAAGAAGCAAGGAGUCUGGAAAGUAGACGAGAUUUUUUUAUCCUCGUUAGUUGCGUGGAUUUCAAUUCUCAGUCGUUGAGGUGCAAUGACUCGACACGUGCCACACUUUUGUACGUGUCCAUAACAGAGAGGCGAGAAGAUAUUCGACUCAUCAGAAAGAGGGAGGAAGCAAAUAUCCGUGCCAAAAGUUCGAGUCGGGUCAAGUUUGAACUUACCUGCACAAGGCGUGUGUAUUGAUGCACACACGUCAGAGAAAAUGCAGCCCAUACUAAAAAAGAAGAAAAAUUCCCUCCUCUCCAUUCAUUAUUUUGGGAUAUUCACCAUAUUCACUUAAUGUACUCGGAAAUAAAAAAAAACUCAAAGUAUCGAAGAAUCGACUUCCAAAGUUCAGUCACACACUGUUAUUCGCAAAAAUGCCAUUGAAGAAGAUCUUCGAGAGUGAAAUGACACUCUUGUUGAAAAAAUAAAGAAAGCAUUGGAAAGAAAAUGUUAUUGCGAUAGAAUUUCCAAACAAAAAGGUAAUUUGGUGUCAAAGAAGCGAAGGAUGCGACGAGGAAUUUUGGAACACUUCCUCCAGUAGGGAGGCGAGAGGGUUUUUUGGAGAAACGGAACGAAAUGUCUAUUCGGCUGAGUGGCGUUUACCUGGUGCAGGCCACUGGAGCCGAUGGCAACGAGAAGUCGGGAAAGGUCUCGCAGGGGAACAACGAGAAUCACCUCCAUCAUCACCACCACCACCAUCAGAGUAAGACCGUGACGAUUGUUGCCGGUCCCCAGCGAAGCAACAGUUUGGAUUACCUGAAUUUCGAGGAAAAGCGACAACUAAUAGCCUCAUCGUUGUCACUCAGUGAUUUUCUUGCGCAUGGACCAGCGGCGGCAGCUGCAGCGGCGAAGGAAGUCGCUGCCAACACUGUUAUUGGUAAAUCGAAUCAUAUACACUUUUACUUCGACGAGUUUCCAAAGAAGCAAAAUGGAGCAGCUCUACGAACAAACAGUUUGGGUUCUGGAGCGAGAACACCGCCAAUUGAAAGGAAAAGUAAAUUUUCCGCUCUCGGUAGACUAUUCAAACCAUGGAAAUGGAAACGAAAAAAGAAAUCGGAUAAAUUUGAGGCUGCAUCGAGAUCUCUCGAGAGGAAAAUUUCUUUUCGCGCGAAAAGAGAGGAAUUGGUGCAAAAAGGAAUACUGUUACCCGAGAGUCCAAUCACACCAAUACCAGAAAAUGGUCCCAUGGGCGAGUCGCGAAUUACACAGAAACCACCGACUCCACAACAAACGUCUCAACAUCAACCAGGAAACGGCACCGGUAAUGGUGGCACAACUUUGACCCAAGGGAUAACCACUGCUGGCCAGCAAUCCCAGAAACCACCAUCGGCAACGUCGACACCGACAACUGCCAAUUCGGGUCCACCCAACAAUCAAAAUUUACUGCAUCUCUCGUCUCUUUAUCCGGGAUUACCGCAGGCGAACCAACACAAUGGAAACGCACAAGAGUCGAAGAAGGAAAAGACUGAACAGAGUGCAAAUGGCGGAAUAUCGUCGAGCGACUCUUCUGGAGGUGGUGCGCUGCCAGGGGGCGACUCGUGUCCCUCGAUCCAGGUGGACCAGCAGAAGCCCAACAGGCCGAACACUCUCGACCCGAGAACCAGGCUGACGAACCGGCGGAUCAUCAUGCUAGGUGGUGAGCAAGAGGGCUGGAGCAAUCCCAAGCCCUACCUCAACGAGCAAGACUCCGAGGCACUUCAGCCUCCAGUCGAGCGAGGAGGACUGCAUCCCAACGACGAGCAGCAGAUCAUCGAGAGAUGCUUCCCCCUGCCUUCGCCGGGCAACCUGAUGCUGUCGGAACUCCCGGAGCCGCCGAUUCCUCUCAGCGAAAUUGGCCCCAUUCCCCCGCCUCCCAUGUUCAGUUCGCCGAGCCCCACGUCUCUCUGCAGGCAGCAGCAGCAGUCCCUACCUCUCUCCGACUGCGAGGACGAUGACGAAGACGCCGACGUGGAGGACGAGGACGACAGCAUGUACGGCUUUCGGAACGUGCACUCGGACCCCGUCUUCGACACCUCCCGGGUCGAGGAGAUCCCCGCCAAGGAGCCCAAGUUCCACGCGAUGCCCCUGAAGAGUGCGCUGAAGAAGAAGGGCCCCGGCAGUGGACCCGGCACGCCGCAGAACACUCCCACGCAGGAGAACAGGCCGCUCACGCUCCGCCAGGAACUCCACGCGUCCUUCAAAAGACAGCCUCUUAGGCCUAGGAUGAGGAUAUGCAGUCGACCAGUGAGAUUUGGACUUGCUCUUUCUUGUACUCUCGAGAAUAAAGAGAAUGCAAGGCCGUACGUUAUACGAGAGGAUUCGGACGAUGAAUCGACCGAUGGACAAGUUCUCUACAGAGAGGAUUACGACGAUGAAAAGAAUCGCUUGGCAGCGAAAAUUGCUCGUAAGGAGUCUCUCUCGUUGAAACUUGCCUUGAGGCCCGAUCGUCAGGAACUCAUCAACAGGAAUAUCCUGCAGAUACAAUCUGACAAUGAGAGGCAGGAGACGAAGGAGGCAAUUGGUGCCAAGCUCAUCAGGCGACUGAGCAUGCGACCAACACAAGAAGAACUGGAAGAGAGGAAUAUUUUGAAAAAACAAAGUCCGGCGGAAGAAAAGAAGCAAAAGGAAGAGAAGAAACGAUAUUUGUUGAGAAAAUUGAGCUUCCGACCAACGGUGGACGAACUCAAAGAAAAGAAGAUCAUCAGGUUCAAUGAUUACAUCGAAGUGACGCAGGCGCAAGAUUAUGAUCGAAAAGCGGACAAACCGUGGACUCGUUUAACUGCAAAGGACAAGGCAGCUAUUAGAAAGGAAUUGAACGAGUUCAAAAGUUCAGAAAUGGCGGUUCAUGAAGACAGUCGACAUUUGACAAGGUUCCAUAGGCCAUGACAAUUGAAUUGUGUAGAGGUGCUAGAAUGUGGUGCGGUUUUAGGUGCUGGUGCAGUGCAUUGGUCUCGAUGUCGAGAUCUAGUGAAUGAAAAUCGCUGCUUCUUCUCAAGUCAUCAUUCGACAUGUCAUCAUGUGACAGUGAUGAUGAUCUUCUGAUUACGCUGUGACGCACCAUUGACGUUAUUUCUAUUUCUAUUUUUAUUUUUAUUUUAUUACUAUCAUCAUUAUUAUUUUUAUUUUUAUUUUUAUUACUAUUAUUAAUAUCAUUAUUACUAUUAAUUAUUAUUAUUUUUACGAUCAUUAUUACUACAAUUCUUAUUACGAUUAUAAACACGCCAAUGGUUAAGCGUCAGUAGCUGCUCGAUUGUGAUACGAGUGGUGUGCUUUCAAAAGUCACGGAAAAAUCAAUUCCUGACUCUUUCUCUCUCUUUCUCACCACUCGGCGAUAUUUUUUUUUAUUUCUCAAGGGUCGUUCACAUUUUUUUGCCUUCUCUAUUAAUUUCCCCAAUUUUUAAAGCUCCUCUCUUCUCUCACUUUUAAAACAAUGUUCGCAUUUUCUUUGGAAAAAAGAAAAAUCCCCCAUUGACGAAAAUUAUUUUUACCUAUUUAAAUAAUUCCCUGUUACAUCGAAACAAUUACAAUAAAAUUCGAAAGUGUUUUAACUUACUUCAAUAGUUACUAAUUCAAAUUAAUUUUUUUUUAUUUUAUUUAAAUAUUUUUAUUUAGUAAAAUUUUAAACUAGUUUUAAACUUCUUUUUACGUUUUCGUUCUUAAUUUAUUGUUUUUAUUCCUUUUAAUAUUAAAUUUUAUUGAUUUAAUUUUAUAAAUUUUAUUCUAAUUCCAUUUUGUACAAAAAUGAGAAAAAAGCCAAUUUAUCUACUUUUUGAGUGGAGAAAUUGUUAAAAUUGUCAGAAAAAUUCCGAGAGAAGAAGAGCACUGUGAAGACAAAAAAUUGUAAAGUGAAACUUUGUAAUAUUUUUAAUUUUCUGUCAAUGUACCUUUGUAAACAUAAAUAAAUAUAUAAGAAUAUAUAUUUAUAUUAAUUAGAGAGCAAACUGGACUGUGAACGCACCCUUACGCGUAAACACCGUUUUGCCUCCAUUGUAGCUUACCGACCUAUUUUUUUUAAAUAAUUAUUUCAUCACAUUCUUUUCUUGAUGAAAAAAAAUUAACUGUUUUCUUAAAUAACUUUUUCGAAAGUUUUACCUUUAAUUUCAAUUUUUGAUUGAAUUUUUUCUCUUUAGAGAAUUUGAAAAAAAAAUUUCUUUCUAUGUAUUUUUUUAAGAGAAAACAUUGUUGACAACAAUGAUGACAAUCAGUAAUUAAUAAUUGAUUGUAAAAAUAAAUUAAUUGUUUAACAAUUAUUCAUGGACAAAAGUUUUUUAAUUUUUUAAUUUUUUUGUGCCAUUAAAUUGUCAAAGUUUUCCACUGAAUUUUUU